AUGUGGACAAAGACUAUUUUCUGCACCCUUCUCCUCUUUCUGUUGAUACAAGCUCAAGAAAUUGAGAUUGCAGAUUCUGAGGAGGGUAAGUGCAGUGCUAGUAAACCAUGUGCUCCUGGAGUAAUUCUACCUGUUUGGCAGCCGUCGACAAAUUUGUCAGAAUGUAAAGUAGUUUUCCGAGCAAUUAUCUACUUAAUUGCUCUUGUUUAUAUGUUUUUCGGAGUUUCGAUUGUAGCCGAUCGCUUCAUGGCCGCCAUCGAGGUAAUCACUUCACAGGAAAGAGAAGUGAAAAUGAAAAAAAUUACUGGAGAACCAUAUACAAUUCUCAUCCGAGUUUGGAACGAGACAGUCAGUAAUUUGACACUCAUGGCUUUAGGCUCUUCAGCUCCCGAAAUAUUGCUGUCUGUCAUUGAAAUUUUCGGAAACGAUUUUCAAGCAGGAGACCUCGGUCCAAGCACAAUUGUCGGUUCCGCCGCAUUUAACUUGUUUGUAAUCAUAGCUGUGUGUAUAGCUUCAAUACCAUCUGGAGAAGGAAGACGAGUUCAGAACAAUCAAGUAUUCUGGGUGACAUUCUCCUGGUCAAUUUUUGCCUAUGUUUGGCUAUAUCUCAUUCUGUCCGUGUUUUCUCCAAAUCAAGUUGAGGUCUGGGAAGGAUUACUGACUUUCUUAUUCUUCCCUCUGACAGUUUUGUCGGCUUAUGCCGCUGAUCAAUACACAGGAAAUUAUGGACAAAGAUUCUUCACAGGCCCAUUGAGAAGCUUUUUGGGCCGUCGUUCAACACGGCGAUCUUCCCAAACACAAAAAAGGGAUGGAGUCGCUUCAUUGGAGAAUGGAGCAAAGGAAGAGCACAGGCAUGAUGAAAUACGGAAAGAAAACAAACUUAAUGUUGUAUAUUAUAGAGUUUCUUUACUCAAUUUACAAGGAGAUCCUGAUGCCAUAGCAUUCGAAGAGCAUCGUAGAAAGUAUUUAGAGAUAUUCAGAGAACUCCGAAAUCAGCAUCCAGAUGCUCCAGUUGAAGAACUAGAGAAGCUUGCCACCCAAAAAGUUGUGAGCGAAAAGAAAAAGAGUCGAGCUUUCUAUAGAGUUCAGGCAACAAGGAAGUUGGUGGGCUCAGGGGAUAUAACAAAGAAAAAGCUCCAACAGAAAGCCAAUGAACUAGUGGAGCCAUUAAUUGAAAAACAAAAUAUGGUUGUUGUGCAGUUUGACCCGGCUCACUAUAUGUGUCUGGAAAACAUUGGAGUGUUGAAAGUGACAGUUCGUUGCGACAGAGGCACGGCUGAUGCUAACAGUCAAGUAUCUGUACAUUAUAGAACGGUUGCUGAUACAGCUGAGGAGAACACUGAUUUCGUGCCUGUUGAAGGAACAUUAACCUUUGGACCAGAAGAAACAGAGAAACAAAUUGAAGUUGAAAUCGUUGACAACGACAUAUAUGAGGAAGAUGAACAAUUUCUAAUUCGCUUGUCUCAAGUUCGUGCUCAUAACAAAGUUCAUUUUUCACCGGUCCCUGCUCGAUUGGGAAGUGCUUCUACAGCCACAGUACUGAUUGUUGACGACGAUCAUGCAGGUGCUUUCGGCUUUUCCAGUGAAAAGUUCAAAGUAGUAGAGAGUGCUGGCUUGUUCAUUGCUGAAGUCUUAAGAAGUCGUGGUGCUCGUGGAGAAGUUUCUAUCCCAUAUAAAACAGUUGCUGGAACAGCUAAACCAGGAGAAGAUUAUGAACAUUGCGAGGGAAAUCUGGUGUUUACAGAUGAACAAACCAAAGGCACUAUUGAAAUUCCGAUUGUGAAUGACGAUGAAUACGAAAAAGCAGAAGAAUUCUUCAUUGAACUGGGAGAACCAAUAUGGCACAGACCGCCAAAUGCCGAUGACGAAGGAAGACCUCUACUAGCUAUGUCGAGAUGCAAAGUUGUAAUUACUGAAGAUAAAGAAUUCAAGAACUUCGUAGAUAGAAUGCUAACAAAUGCUAAUACUUCAAUUAUGGUUGGUACUAGUAGUUGGAAACAACAGUUCCAGGAAGCUUUAACUUAUGAAGCAGAUGAGGAUGAUGAGGAUGGACAAGUCACUUUACAAGGCAAAAUGAUGCACUACAUCUCACUUCCAUGGAAAUUGUUUUUCGCUUUCAUCCCACCCACUGAUUAUUACAAUGGAUGGUUCUGUUUCUGUGUAGCCAUUUUCAUGAUCGGCUUGCUUACAGCAGUGAUCGGAGAUUUAGCUAGCCACUUUGGUUGUACAGUUGGAAUGAAAGAUACAGUAACGGCUAUAUCAUUAGUAGCAAUGGGAACCAGUAUUCCAGAUACGUUUGCUUCAAAAACAGCUGCCGUACAGGACAAGUGGGCUGAUAGCUCCAUCGGUAAUGUAACUGGAUCAAACGCUGUGAAUGUGUUUUUGGGUAUUGGAAUAGCUUGGGCUAUCGCAGCUAUAGUCCAUGCAUGGAGAGGAACAAGAUUCGUAGUCAAUGCUGGCUCGUUGGCUUUUUCCGUUACUCUUUUCAUCCUUGGUUCAAUCAUAGCAAUAACUAUACUUCAAUUCCGAAGAUUCAAUAAAAAUAUCCAUUCUGAGCUUGGAGGACCAACGAAGGCUAAAGUUCUCUCAGCUGGAGCUUUCGUGCUAAUUUGGCUGGGCUACCUUCUAUUCAGCAUUCUUGAAGCAUAUUGUGUGAUUCCUGGCUUCUAA